GAGGAAGGAGGAAGAGGACGAGAGCAGCACGAUCGGGACUUCGCUCAUCAGUCGAGGUUUUUCAUCGGCCCUCGUUUGCCCCGAUUUGUUCCGUCGAUCCAUCGGUGGGUCAGUCAGUCAGUCGUUCCGCGCGCUGUGCCCGGCCUGGAUCGGAUUCUUCCGCUCGCCUUGCAGGGAUCUGAGGGAGUGACGGAUCCAGAAGGAGUCCGCUCGGCCAGCAAUUCUUCGCGAUCUUGUAAUUUCUCUCGCUCGUUCGCUAGCUCGCUCGCUCGCUCGCUUUGCUCGGGGCGUGAGUGAGGCCAUCGUUGGUCGUCGGGCGAAUUCCAACAGUUGGAGCUUAGAAACAUGAGUGGAGGACCAGAUCCCCUGUUCGGUUUGAAGAACAAUUUCUACCUGGGAGCGUUUCAGGCUGCGAUCAACGAGAGCAAUGUCGGAGGUUUGUCGGAAGCUGCCUCCGUCGAGAGAGACUGCCUCGUGUAUCGCUCCUACAUUGCUUUGGGAAGCUACCAGCUUGUGAUCGAUGAAAUUAGCAGCUCAGCUCCUACCGCCUUACAAGCUGUGAAAUUGCUGGCCAUGUACUUUCAAGGAGGCAGCAACAAGGAAAUGGCUUUGACCAGUAUCCAGGAGUGGUUAGCAGAUCCGGCAAUUGCAAGCAACCCUACUCUUAUCUUGGUUGCAGGAACCAUAUACGCUCAUGAGCGUAUGUACAAUGAUGCUUUGAAGAUUACACAUGUUGGAGGCACUCUUGAUUUGUGUGCCUUGAAUGUGCAGAUCUAUCUGAAAAUGAACAGAACCGAUUUCGCUGAGAAGCAGUUGAAGCUUAUGCAACAAAUUGACGAGGACCAUACUCUGACUCAAUUAGCGAAUGCCUGGUGCAAUAUUUGUGUCGGUGGAGCUAAGAUUCAGGAGGCAUUUUACAUUUUUCAAGAGCUUUGUGAGAAGUACACAUGGACUGUUCCUCUGAUGAACGGAAUGGCCAUUUGUUAUAUGCAUAUGGGUCGGUAUGGAGAGGCUGAGACAUUUCUUUUGGAAGCCUUGAACAAGGAUGCUAAGGAUGCGGAAACGAUAUCAAACUUAAUCGUCUGCGAUCUUCACCUAGGGAAGCCAACUGCACGAUACAUGAGCCAACUCAAAAUGUCGCACCCGGACCAUCCACUGAUUCAGCGAUCUACAACUGCUGAAAGCGCCUUCGAACGAGCUGUUCAACCUUUCGAGAGAGCUUAAGUAGAUCAGGUGUGAUUCGGCGCACAGCAUUCCGAUUUUUGGCCGAAUCUACUAGUUGUCUUUCAUAUAUUUUUUCCUCCCCAUCAUUAAUGCCUCAUUUAACCAAGAAGAGCAUUUUAGUCUCAUUUCUCUCUCAACGUCAUCAAGCAAUAGCAUCGACAAUCAUUGGCUAAACAGGGGUGGUAGGAGUCGCAACUUUCAAGCUUUCUCAUUUUGUCACUCUUCAAGUCUCAACCUGAGCGUAUGUACUGAUCCUUGCUUCUAUUUUUGAAUCCGACACAUUCGGACAAGGUUCUCGAGACU